AUGACCAAAGACGCGCAGUACACCAUUAACUAUGAAAAUCCUUCGCUGCCAACGUACGCUGCGAAGGAGUAUUUCGAUGAUUUACUGGGCGAGCGAUUUGAGAAUGAUUGGAAAAGCGUCAGAUGUGCUCUCUUGUCGCCUGCAAAAAAGUGUGCGUUUGUGACGGAUCCGAAUGAACAACUCAUUGAAACGCUUGAAUCUAUUGGCGCUCAAAACAUCAUGGGAACUUUCUCCAGCCGCGCAGAAACCGUUCUACAAAAAGAACAAGAAAAUCUCUUAGAACUGAAAACUGAGGGUCCCGGAGAAGGGAUGACAGAAGCAGAGCAUUACAAUAAACUCAUCAGAACGCGCCUUCUCGUCGAGCAAAUGGAAUCAUCAAUAGAGGCUUCUAGACAACUGGUUAUUUACGCAACGCCUUUAGGAAAUUUCAAUCAGCUUCCGAGACCUCUAGCGAUUAAUAACGGACUCAAAGACUUCAUCAAAACUGACUUGGCGGAUGUCUUCGUUGCUCUGGCUCACGCUCCGCGAGCUUCUGAAAAUUGCUUGUUGCUAAAUUCAGAAGCUGAAAUUGUUCCUCUUCUUCUGCGAGCUGCACCUUACUGUAUGUUUUGUCUCAACAACGGAGAGUACAACGCAGCGAGAAACGUCAUCGCGAGUGUAAAAGAAUACCUCGAUCCAGACAACACUGAAGAAAGAAUUCAUGCAAAAAGUGAUAAGACAUUGAAAUAUGGCGAAAACUUGGCCGAUGAUAUUAGCGAGCAUUACAUAAGGGAAGGCGUAUUUUCGUCAAUUUUACUUGACGCUGAGAGCACGAAUGAUCGAGUUUCCAUGAACGAGAAUUCUUCCUUGAACCUUUUUCAUCCUAGCCACACGCACAUUCGUCAAUCGUUGCCGAUUUCGCAGAAAAAUCAGUUGAAAAAGGAAGGGAUACGUAUCAGCAAUUGUAAUUCCCUAAAGUAA